AUGGCGACUCCAUCUCCUCAAGGCGUCGACUUCACGACCGCCUCUCCUCAGACUGGCAGCAAGCUCCUCAGCCUGCCACCCGAGGUCAAAAACGACAUCUACGAGAUAGUUCUCCAAGAUCUCACCGUCACUCUCGAAGUACCGGACGACAACGGCGACACGGCUCUCGGUAAAGGGCCUGGCAUACUCCUCGCCUGCAAGGAAGUCUAUCAAGAGACCUGGAAGCUCUACUAUUCCACCGUUACCAUUAUUGUUCCGCUAGAUGGACCCAGACACGCCGACGACGCGGAUGAUGAGACAGGCAGGAGACGCCUGGACAAGUUCUUGCGCACGAUCGGACGGGACAAGAGUGCGCUUCUGACUUCCAUGAUCGAGACGCCAAACAUGCAGCCAUCGAUCAACUUCCAUCGCCGUGCAUAUCUCGAUGACCAUGCCGCCAGCUUUUCUACGACCAUUUUGCAAAAAGUUCACCUCAUUGAGCACACAAAACGAGCCCUGGGCAGGUCGCUGCUGAUGUGCUGGUACAGUAGCGCGAAUGGAAAGCCGGAGUACUCCAGAGAUCCGGUCCAGAGCUUCUUGGAUUGGUCGGAAGCUAAGGAACGCAACACACGGAUCAAAAAGCAGGUUGAGUUGCUAGUGCAGAUGGCAAGAAUAGGGUUCGAGUACCAGUUGAUGCAUCGCGAGGUCGACAACGUUGUGCUACAUCCAUUCUCCGAAGAUUACGAACAAACAUGGCCGGCGAUCGGACUGCAGGUCCUGGACUUCACGGCAAGAUUCCUGGCCCAAGUCGAGAUCAACAUGCGCCGCUCACAUUGCUCGGACUCCCUCCUGAAUUGCGCAAUCCUACGAGCAGAUCAGAACUUGCUCGAUCGUACCGCUGCUCGAAUUACAGCUCAGGCCGGACCACCUACUCACGUGCUGCCGAUGUGGUUGGUACCGAUUCAUGCUGCCGUCUUGCAAGAUGCUACAUGGUCGCCUGGGGUGAUCAGGACCUUCUGGGCGGAUACUUGA